ACUUGUGUCUUGAUUAUAAUGAUUCACCUUACAUUGGUUUUUAUUUGAUGGUUAGGUUGAUUCCAGCUCACUGAAUGAAGAAAAUGUUGAAGCCGUAGAAGAUUUGGAUGGUGGUUUGAAACUCCACAUAUAUAUAUUUUGUGCUAAUUAUUAUAUUAAUAGAAUAUUAGCUCAUGUUUACUUUUAUGUAUCCAGUUUGAAUCUUACAUACAAUAUCUUGCAGGUCAUGAGGAAGAGAAAGGAGUAAUCCAGCAGGAGAAUCGUUAUCCUUGGGAGGGAAGUGAUAGAUUGUACCUAUAUGAAGAGAUGCUUGGUAGGGUCUUCAACAUUCUGCGUGAAAACAAUCCGGACCUAACUGGAAAUAGGCGUCGUACAGUUAUGAGGCCUCCCCAAGUUCUUCGUGAGGGGACAAAGAAGACGGUCUUUGUCAACUUUAUGGACCUUUGCAAAACGUAUGAACAAACAUUGUCUCUUCAAACUCACUAGAUCGCAUAUCAGUUCUUGAUGUUUAUGUUUAUGUAUAUGGCAUGUUUUUUGUUCAGGAUGCAUCGACAACCAGAUCAUGUUAUGGCGUUCUUGCUUUCUGAGUUGGGUACUAGUGGCUCACUUGAUGGCCAGCAAAGGUUGGUUGUUAAAGGGAGGUUUGCACCCAAGAGCUUUGAAGCGAAUCUGCGAAAAUAUGUCAAUAACUAUGUCAUUUGCCAUGGUUGCAAGAGCCCAGACACAAAUCUUACAAAGGAGAAUCGUCUCUUCUUUAUGAGAUGUGAACAGUGUGGAUCAGAACGAUCUGUGGAACAGAUCAAAGCUGGUUAUGUUGCACUCGUUGGUAAAAGGAAGACUUGAUGAUACCAAAGAGGUUUAACCACUAAAGAAUAAAGAGCAGUCUAUGGAGUCCAUGUUUUUUUUUUCUUCUUCAAACUUUCUAAUAAGUAUCUGUCACAUACUUGUCUUGU